UUCACAUCUGGGCUACUUUUGACAGUGUUGGGAUGCUUGUAAAACACUUAAAUAAUUAAAAUGUCUCUUUUAAAAUUUUUGAGAUGACUUUUGAAGAUCAGAGGGUGUCGUACCCAGACGACAGCAUGGUGCCGCCCCCACAACCAUUCAUCCAUCGCCAUAUUGCAUCUGUUGCUAGUUGCUAUUGAACCUGCUGACGGCCAAGUGGCUGGGGUGAAUAGUUUGUUGAAAAUGUGAUAUUUACAAAUAAUAAGAAAUAUGUAUGGACAAGCCGCAAGUAACUGGGCCGUCGGCCUGUAUUCUCUCUUUGAUCCAACGAAUUUUUUGCCUUUUCUGCCGAAUUUAUGGAAUAAACAAGCCAUCGGCUCGCGUUAUUCAAACGACACAAAAAUACGAGACACCGAUGUGCUCGUGGGAUAUCUUAUUCUGUUCUGGGUUCUGCUGUAUUUCUUCUACGAAAAGUGUCUUAACUCUCUAUUCAGGCGUAUGCGCUUCCUGCUGAUUCAACGAAGCAGGAUAAUCAAGGCAGCUUGGAACUGUGGAUUCUGUUUCGGUAGUAUAUGCUACAUGAAGUCAUCGGCUAUGCAAAUCUUGAGCUUUGCAUCCCAUGCACAGGGAAUGACAUAUCAGGAAUUAGGUUUUGCACUGCAUAAGAGCUUCUACCUUCAUCAAGCAGGAAUUGAUAUAUUGUGCCAUGGUGCUUGGAUAAAGGGCUGUGGAAACUUACUCUUUGCUUCGUUUAUUUUGACUCCUUAUCAACAAAAGUGGUGUACAGUGACGAAUACUUUCCUGAUGUAUAAAACUAUUGACAUUGUGAUAGUUAAUGUUUGUAGAAUCUUGUUAUGCAUUUUUCAAACUAUUGGAAGACCAAUCUGCAAACUGUUAUUCUUACAACAUUGUCUUACUUGGAUAUAUCUGUACUUAUAUUAUGUGCCUACUUUUAUGCUUUGGUCAAAAGAAGUUAAUUAUACGAAGGUAGAACCUGGGGUAUGGCUUUGGUUUGCAAUCGAGUGCUUAGAUUCGGUAUGGUUAAGACUUAUUGGACAUGUGAAAGCUACACACUGGCUCGAAAUUUGCCUAUUUCCACCUCCUACGCAAGAAGCCAUUGAAUUAGCAGGUAUUCAUAAAAGACAUAAAGAAUCGUUGAGAAAAUAUAAUAUCAGAACAGCAAAGAAAGUGGAAUUGUGGCAAACGUUAGUUUGCGCAAUGGCUAUUAAGAAAAAAAUUAAAAGAAUUCGUGAAGCAAAAAUCAAUGCAGAUGUAUCGAUAAAAGAUUCUGAAGAAAGCGAAUUGCUUCAGAUGCAUGUGAAGAAUGAGGAACAGAUAGCUGGGAUUAGUGAAGGAUUAAUGAAUUUGUACUGAAAUAGCUGUGAAAAAGUAACAUUUGCAGAGCAAAUGUGUUAACGAUAAAAACACACGAGUCUUUUUUAGAUAAAUUUAUAGGAUUUAAGAAAACGAUAGAUUUUAUUAUUAUGAUGUUUAAAACAUCGAAUGUGUAGCUUUGUUUUAACUAAAUGGUUUCACCGUAAUGGUGAUGCACAUUAUUUGCAAAGAUUAUUCACUCUAUUGAGAUCCACGUAAUUCUAUUUGUAUAUAAUUGUAAAUUAACGGUACAACGAGCGAAGCAAAUAUGUUGCGGCGCAGUGAAAACUAUUAGGAAUAAUGCAAAAGACUACAUUACAGUUAUACAACACUUUAGUUUACUCGAGAGUUUCGUAUAUGUACACUUAUGUGGAAAAUUCGUUUAUAAUUUAGCGGAACUCAACAAUAGUUAGCUGGAUGCUCUGGUAAGUUUGCCAUUAGAUCAGAUUGUUGUGAAAUUGUUAUUUAUUGUUAAUUGCCUUGUUGCUCAUCAAUACUUUAAGCAUUUAAAGCAUUUAUGCUAAUCAUGACAUAGAUUUAAAAUACAAUAUCUGUUGAGUAUUAUUAUAUGAAUUGAAUAUAUUUUUUGUGCGAUUGCGCAUAAAUUUAAAGAACGAAAUUGCAUUUGCGAAGCAGUAGAGCUAUACACAUAUAUUUAAUGUUACAUUGUUAUAUAAAUAUGAAAUUCGUGCAGUUUGUACUUGCGUCGAUGUAAAUCAAAUGGAAUUGUUAAUAAUUUGCAGUGACAAAUCGGUAAUCCUUAAGAUACACAAGUUUGAUAAUGGAUGGUGGAUUUGAUACUGCUCAUACUUGUUUUAUGGCAGUAAAUAGAGAAUGUGAUAUACAGUAAAA